GACACGUCCACGGAAUUCACGUGUGCCCUGUCAUUGAUGAAAACACACGGUGUUAUGCCGCAUUCAUCUGCCGGGGUGGGACUCGCUAAACACCGCUACAUGGAGCGACCGCUUACUGCUGCAGAACAAGGUGUGCCAAAGAUAUCCAAAGGAGCAGUUAAUAUGAUCAUAGCAAGACUUCUGUUCUUGCUCAUCCUCCCUUCACUGGGUGUGUGUGCUCCACAAGUACAGACAAUCUCCAGUGAUGGCCUUCUUCAAUCCGAUUUUGCCAAUCCUUUUGGGUCCAGCGAAAACAACCACAGGCUCUUGCAAAGCUACAUCAAGAGCAACCUGAAGGAGGGACAGGCCAGUCCAGAGCUUAACACAAGGGAACAAGAGAUGUUCUUCCUCUUCUCCUUGUAUGACUAUGAUAGAAGUGGGCAGAUGGAUGGGCUUGAGUUGAUGCAGCUUCUGAAAGAUUUCCUAUCUCAUCAUGCAAUGAUGCCAAAGUCGACAGAUUCUGUAGUGUCUUUGGUGGAUUACCUGUUGCAAACUCAGGAUCUAAACCAGGAUGGAUUACUGGCUCCCUCAGAGCUGUUAUCAUCGUCCAUGCAGGACCAUCAGCAAGAAAACAACAUUGUGCUCCCUGAUGCUCCAGCUGAGCCAAAGGAGGACGCCUUAAAACAGGAGCAAACAGAGGAUGGAGAUGCUGAUACUCACCAGCAAGAGGCAGCAGUCCAAGACAAUCAGGAACCUGAACAGAAACAGGAACAGCUUUUACCUGCUGAAGAACAUAAUGAGAGAAAAGAUCCAGCUCAAGAAGAACAUAAACAAGCUGAGGAACCAUCAGAUCAGAACCAGAUACCAGAAUCAGAUUAAGAGCAGCAGGGCAGACUACAGCCCCAAGAAGAUCAGGAGCUGCAAUAUGGUUAGCAGGAAUAGGAGACCAUGCCAGUCCAUUAAAGUGACCUAGAGAUGUAAUGCCAAAUUAAGCAUGAGGUGCAACAUUAGAGACAAAUCAGCCAUACUUUGAAAAGCACAACGCUUGUCAAGUCUCCUGUUUAGAUUCACAUGCUGCUUAUAUUGUUUGACUGAAGCAUAAUUUAUUUCUAGGUACUAAAGAUUUUAAGUCCAAAAGCAUGCGUUAAUGAUAUAGUUCUUCUGAGUUCACCAAACUGUAGACAACUCUAAUAUACUUUGCUUUUAAUUAUCAUAGAUUAAAAAAUUAAAAAAUAAAAAUAAAAAAGGUUCCACUAUAGAAUGUAUUCAUCACAUAUUCAUCUGAUUUAGUAUUGUGUUAUUCAAACUAUGCAAUCCCAUUAAAGCUUGGAUUUUACUGAGACUUUAAUGCAAAAAAUGUUUCUAUGCCCAACUGUUUCCAAUGCCGUGGAAAUAAACAGCUAAA